CGACUCUCAAUUGACGUCUCUCUCUCUCAAUUGCCGUCUUUAAGCAGCGAUUUCAGCCACCCAUCGGCACAAAGCCCAAAGCGCGACAGCGGCUUCAUCAUAUUUUCCCGGCUUCAGCAUCCAGCGACCCAGCAGGGCUUCUUUAUGUUACGGAUCGGCCUUGUGAGUAGGUUUUGUCAGGUGACUGAAAUCAGUUGAUUUAUGAAUGAAAAAUGAAGCUUUUUGAUGCACAUUGCCAUCUCCAAGAUCCAAGGAUCCUAAACAUGGUCCCGAAUAUCAUUAGGAGCGCCGUGGACAGAGGAGUGGUCCAUUUUGCAGUGAAUGGUGUGUCGGAGAAUGAUUGGCAGACGGUAAAAGAGAUCAGCAAAAACUAUCCGAGCGUGGUUCCCAAUUUCGGGCUCCACCCUUGGUUCAUUUCUGACAGGAGUCCCAAUUGGCUAAAGACACUAAAGGAAUACUUUGAGGCAACACCAGAAGCUGCAGUUGGUGAGAUUGGUUUGGACAAAGGAUCAGUUGGAAAGAAGAUCGAUUUUCGUGAUCAGGUUGAAGUCUUUAGGCAGCAACUUUGCGUUGCCAAAGAAUUGAAAAGACCCGUUUCUACCCAUUGUGUCUGUGCUUAUGGGGAUCUUCUGGAGAUACUCAAAUCUGAGGGCCCCUUCCCUAAUGGCAUCAUUCUUCAUUCUUUUCUUGGGCCUGCAGAAAUGGUUCCUGAAUUUGCUAAGUUAGGUGCUUACUUCUCUUUCUCCGGGUUUCUGAUGUCUCUAAAAGAAAGCAAGGCAAAGAAAAUGGUGAGAUCAGUUCCAUUGGAAAGGAUUUUGUUGGAGACCGACGCGCCCGACGGGUUUCCCACACUAUGCAACAGUCUAGAAGAUGCUUUGGUUUUGACAGAAGAGGGGAGUGAAGAGAGGCUAAACCACCCUGCUAAUAUUAAAGCCGUACUUGACUAUGUGGCAUCUUUACUUGAAAUGAGCAUCGAGAAACUCGCAGAUGUAAGCUUUUCAAAUGCAUUGAAUCUGUUCUCUUUUGAUGGUUCUAAACUUGGCCGCUGCUGCAGUGAGGUUGUAAGUGGCAGUAAGAGAGAUGAGGCUUGAGCAUUUUCCAUUUUUUGUUGGUGUGUUUUUAGCUUAAACAUGAUAUACUAUAACUCAAAACAUGACAACAACUCGUCCAACACGUCUCUUGAGUGAAGAAGUCAAUCCACAAAAACAAGCAUAGAAUUAUAACAGGCCAACCCGUGUGACAAUAAACUAAAGGUAGUCUGCGGCUUAUUAUUCCCACAAUGUCUUCACUCAGCUUCUUCGUAUAGCUCUAAUUAUUAGUGUUUUUACACAUUGUGGCAAUAUUUUGCUUCUUCUCACCAACUUUGGUAACCUUUUUUCUCUCGAAAACUAUCCAUGUUUGCAUCUCGUACGGGAUACUUAUACCCUCAUAGAACAUGCUUUGUUGAGUCCCUAUUACCUUAUCAACCCGACGAACAUUUCUUUCUUUGACACGCUUCCAAAAUUCACUUAGGAGCACAUCUUCACCAAUCACAACUAAUUUGAGGCCAGCCUUCUCUAAUGAUCAUUUUAUAGUGACAUCCUCGGGUUAAAUGGGGCUAAUCGUGGUUGGUGAAGAGGAUGUGCUUCUAGGCGAAUUUCGGAAGCUUGUUAAAGGAGGAAAUUUUUGACGGGUUGAUAAGGUAACAACGUCUCAACGUAGCAUGUUUUAUGAUGUGUAUGGGUUAUCUCGUACAAAGGGAGAUAGUUCCCAAGAAAGGAAGGUUAACCAGAGUUGGUAAGAUAGUGAAGAAAAAUAUUGCCACAAUGUAAAACAACACUAAUAAUUGUAGCUUUACGAAGAAGUUGAGAGAAGAUAUCGUGGGAGUAAUAAGCCGCAAACUUCCCUUAGUUUAUUGUCACACGGUUGGUCUCUUGUACUUCUAUGCUCGUUCCGGUGGAUGGAGUCUUUCGUAUAAGAGAUGUGUGUUGGACGAAUUGUUGUAGUGUGUUUUGGGUGAUAGUAUUACAUGUUCUAGCUAAAAGAAAAAAGAAAAGAAAAUGUCCAAGCGUGUGGUCAUUGGGUUGGGUAAUAUGGUGCGGCUUUGUAAUUGUUGGUAUGAUUGGCCAUAAUGCAUGGAACACAGAGGGGCAUAUCUUCACUUGUAGCAUUGCAUAGGUUGCUAGCUCCAAUAUAUACUCCCUUCGUCCAAGAAAGAGAGGGACAUUUG